CAACGCACCACAACCCACCAAAUAUUGAAUACCAAAAUCGCAUUUCUUUGAGCUCAAGCGUUAACUCACAUUUCUUUUUAUCUCUUCUCACAGCUGGUAGGUUCAUCUUUACAUCUACAAAAUCUCAUCUUGGAGCACUCUCGCCAUUCCAUCAUAAAAUGAGCACCUCAUCGCCUUCCACGUUUCUACAAAAUGCGGCCCAACAAAUUCUGAACACCGUCCUCCUCAAUUUCAUGACCGCAGACUUCAAAAACCACGUCUUCUACAACUCCAACCACCGCCUCGAGGAGGCGAAACAGAAGGGGGUUACCCUCAGUGACAUCUCUAUUGGAGACGACUGUCUUCCUACAUGGACUGGCCGCACUUGGGACCCUGAUGCAGAGUCUCUGCACGAUGCUCUUCAAGGUGAUGCCUUGAAUCUUCUUGAAGCUCAGGAGGCUGGCAUUAUGGUCCGUAGGGAUAUCAUCUGGAAGAGCAACCGCAAGCUGGACGAAGCGAGAGCCCAGGGUGGCGCUGUAUCGGAAGAAGCGAUCCCGUUUCUGCUCGAACAUGAUGAAGGGAACGAUGACCACAGUUCCCCCGAAGGCAGCAUCCAUGAAGAUACAGACACUUCUGAAGGAACCCUUGUUAACCUUAACACCGAAGACUCUGAUGAUGACACGCUCAUGGUCAUAGAUGAUGCCGAAACUACUGACGACGGCAGUGACUCCGAUAUGGAGUUUGUGGUGAUUGGAAAUGACGAUGAACUCCCCGACAACGAGAUUGAAACAUCCAACAUCUUCGACCCUGAGCCGUCAUAUGAUGAUUCAGAUGACGACGAACCAAACAUUUUCCACGGCGCUCAAGUCAUGGGCGUCCUGGCCCAACGCUCUAUUGUUGACCUCGAAGUUUACAUCGCCGAAGAUGACGAGGAGAUUCAGGACCUUCCCCAGAUGGAGUUGGCUAUCGAUCAAGAGUCUUACGAACGGCACUUUGGAACCGAUGGAGCUAUUGAGCUCGAGAUUGUUGGAGGUCGACUCAUUUGCACUGGAGAGCUUUUUGAGGAGGACCAAGAGAUGACAUUGGAUGAUGUGGCGGAUGAUUUGGAGAUCUUAUCACUCACGGCUAGCGACGAUGAAUAAUUGGAAGCCGAGGACCGAGAUGGGAGCGGCGACGACAAGGGUUGAGAACUUUCUUGAUGGCCCCGGGAGUGCUACAGAAGCACAGAUUCCUCAGACUGAAGCGGAGAAUGGUAUUUUGCGGGA